AAGCAUUCGGAUAGGUACUGGGGGCUUUAUUCUCGAGCGCCAGAAUCAGAUGCAUGUGUAAAGCUAAAGCCAGAACAAUUCCUCAAUGCGAGGGUAAAGCUAAAGCGAGCAGGAUUCUCCCCUUUUCUUUCUGUUUCUUAAUCCAAUAUGCCCAUCUUGCUUGAGGAACAAACAAUCUCUGCACCCUUGUACCCUCCAUAAAACCACACAACGGCUUCCCAAAUCUAGCAGCAGACUAAAGUUUCAGACAUCAAACCAAAAGGCUGAAGAUGAUGCAAGGCCUUGCCAAACUCCGCGCCCAGUUUGGCCACCUAUACCCUUGCACCAACCAUGACGCAUAUGCCAUCAAGGCAACGGUCGUCAUUUCCCGAAAGUCUGGAUGUGCGAAGCCUGGGAAAAAGACUACAUUCCGGCUGUAUAGCAGAACUCAUCUUGAUUUGAACACAGGCAGGGGGAAGCUAAGUCCUGGAGAAGUAAGCCUCAGAAAAGGUAAAAAAACGAAGCAUGGUGUUAUCGAGACAGUGACGUACCAGGUUUCCUUCAUCCUCGGGGAAGAUUUUGGAGUACCAGGUGCAAUUGUGGUGAAAAACGGGGACCGUAACGAGUUUUUCCUUAGAUUUGUGAUACUGGAGUUGUACGACAUCCACAGUAUCCACUUUGAUUGCAAUUCAUGGAUCUAUCCGUUUAAAAAAACCAACGCCGAUCGAGUGUUCUUCGCUAAUGCUAGCUAUCUACCGAGCCAGACGCCGCCGUCUCUGGAAGACCUCCGACGAGAGGAGCUGUUGAGUUUGAGAGGAAAUGGAAGAGGGGAGAGGAAGGAGUGGGAACGGAUAUAUGACUAUGACCGUUACAAUGACCUCGGAGAACCGGAUAAGGGCCAGGAUCAUGUCAGGCCUGUGUUAGGGGGAUCCAAGGAAUACCCAUACCCUCGCAGGGGCAGGACAGGACGACCUCUUAGUAGUAAAGACCGGGCCACCGAGACUCGAAACAAAAUCAUCAAUCUUGACUUCUACGUCCCGCCGGAUGAGCACUUCAGCCCCAUCAAGCUAUCAGAGUUCAUAUGGAAUUCAAUCCAGGCCGUCGUGCACUUUGUCAUCCCUGAGUUGAAGUCAUUCUUCCAAAGAGAUCUCCUCAACUUUGAGUCAUUUGCUCAGAUAAAGAAGGACCUCUAUCAUGGCGAACAUAACCGUGUCAUCGAGGGGUUCGUGAUGCAGAAGUUGAAGGAUUUUCUUCCGCAGGAUCUUUAUCACAAAGUCAGUAAAGUGAUCAAGGAAAAUCCAAUUAAAUUUCCAGUUCCUCAGGUUAUUGCCACUGAUGACAGUGCAUGGACGACUGAUGAAGAAUUUGGAAGAGAAAUGCUUGCAGGGCUUAACCCAGCUGUUAUCCGAUGCUUACAGACGUUUCCACCUGUUGGAAGAGAAGGGACGCAGAGCUCCAUUACUGCUUCGCAUAUAGAAGACAAGCUCGAUGGCCUAACCAUCGAACAGGCAAUGAAUGAACGGAGGAUCCUCAUUCUGGAUCACCAUGACUAUCUAAUGCCCUACCUAAGACGCAUUAAUGAGCAAAAGGUGUGCGUAUAUGCAUCCCGGACUCUCCUAUUCGUGAAGAAGGAUGGAACUCUCGAGCCUUUGGUCAUUGAGCUAAAUUUACCAGUCAAUGGGAGAGGAGAGGAGACGAGCAGGGUGUUUUUGCCUGCAAGCCAAGGCACCGAGGGAGCACUGUGGCAGCUUGCUAAGGCUCAUGUGGCCGCCAAUGACUCAGGACACCAUCAGCUUAUAAGCCAUUGGCUAUAUACACAUGCAACGGUCGAGCCCUUCAUCAUAGCUACAAGAAGGCAACUAAGCACAAUGCAUCCUAUCUACAAAUUGCUUGAUCCACAUUUCAAGGACAACAUGCAUAUAAAUUCUCUUGCUCGGAGUAUACUUCUGAAUGCUGGUGGAAUCCUUGAGAAAACAAUGUUUCCAGGCAAGUUCGCCUUGGAGUUAUCUUCGGCAGUUUACCAGAGUUGGCGGUUCAGUGAGCAAGCCCUUCCUGCAGAUCUUCUGAAAAGGGGACUGGCCGUGGAAGACCCCGGCGAACCCUCCGGCGUCCGUCUGCUCCUCCAAGACUACCCCUAUGCUGCCGAUGGCCUCGACGUAUGGACUGCCAUCAAAGCAUGGGUCGCCAACUACUGCAGGCACUUCUACCGUGAUGACGAGGUCAUCAUCUCCGACGGCGAAAUCCAAGCAUGGUGGCAGGAAAUUCGCCAGAUAGGCCAUGGCGACAAGCGCAACGACGAGGAAUGCUGGCUCCCUCUGAACUCACUCGCCAACCUAAUCCAAAUCCUGACCACCCUCAUUUGGAUUGCGUCGGCCCUCCAUGCAGCCAUCAACUUUGGGCAGUACGGCUACGCCGGCUACCCCCCGAACCGCCCGACCCGGUGCAGAAAGUUCAUUCCGGCCGAGGGAACCCUGGAGUACGCCGACUUCUUGCGUGACCCUGACAAGUACUACCUUGAGAUGUUGCCGGACCGGUUCACGACCACGUUAGGAAUAGCAUUGAUAGAGGUGCUCUCGGGGCACACCGCCGACGAGGUGUACUUGGGCCAGAGGGAGUCGACGACGUGGACCGACGACGGGGAGGUCCUCCGAAUGUUCCAGGAGUUCGGGGAGAAUCUCCGGCGAGUAGAGAAGAAGAUUGAGGAGAGGAAUAGGAAUCCAAGGUUGAAGAAUAGGCGGGGUCCAGCCAACGUUCCUUACACACUCUUGUACCCGGAUAUUUCAAAUAUGGGGACCGACAAAGGAGUUACCGGGAAAGGAAUUCCAAAUAGUGUGUCUAUAUAGAACAAAUUUUUAUUACUGCUUGCUGUUAUGGAUUCUGGGUUGGGAGCUAUGGACUUGUUGAUUGCUUAAAUGUUUGUAAAUUGUUUGCUGAUAUGAUUGGUUCGGAUUGGUUUUUUGAGAUGACAUUCUUGCAAACUUCUAUUGUUCA